CUCCCAAACUCUUAAAAAUAAAAGCUCUCUUUGUGGAUCACGAAACUACACAAAUCACACAUAAAAAUCAGAAAUAUGGGAGCCACCAAAUUGACCCAUGUGACCACCAUUAACCCUAAUAACACCAACAUUCAUGGACCAGUCGUAGACGAAGUAGAAGGCCUUAUUAAAGUUUACAAAGAUGGCCACGUGGAACGAUCCCAGCUCGUGCCGUGUGUUGGUCCCUCACUACCCCUAGAGCUCGGCGUGGCUUGCUCUGAUGUUGUCAUAGACAAGUUGAACAACGUAUGGGCACGUCUCUACGUCCCGAUGAUGACCACGACCAAGUCGUCGGUCUCUAAGCUACCUUUGAUUGUUUACUUCCACGGUGGAGGAUUCUGCGUUGGCUCGACUUCUUGGUCGUGUUACCACGAGUUCUUGGCUAGAUUGUCCUCUCGCUCGCGGUGCUUGAUUAUGUCUGUAGAUUACCGUCUAGCCCCUGAGAAUCCUCUUCCGGCAGCUUACGAAGAUGGAGUCAAUGCCAUUCUUUGGCUCAACAAAGCAAGAAGCGAUAACUUGUGGACCAAGCAAUGUGACUUUGGCAGAAUAUUCUUGGCCGGAGAUAGCGCUGGAGGCAACAUCGCGGACCAAGUCGCAGCAAGAUUAGCAUCCACCGAAGAUCUCGCUCUAAAGAUAGAAGGAACGAUCCUGAUCCAACCUUUCCACGGCGGAGAGGAGCGUACGGAGAGUGAGAAGCGCGUGGGUAACAACAAAAGUUCAGUGCUUACACUGGAGGGUUCGGACGCAUGGUGGAGGUUGUCUUUACCACGUGGUGCAAACAGAGAGCAUCCGUAUUGUAAACCUGUGAAGAUCAAGUCGUCGACGGUGAUGAGGACGUUGGUGUGCGUGGCCGAGAUGGAUUUGCUGAUGGACAGAAACAUGGAAAUGUGCGAUGGUAAUGAGGAAGUGAUCAAGCGCGUGGUGCACAAAGGCGUUGGUCACGCGUUUCAUAUUCUCGGAAAGUCUCAGCUUGCUCACACCACAACUCUAGAGAUGUUGUGCCACAUCGAUGCUUUUAUCCACCACGACGAUCCCUUUAAUUAGUUCUGUAUUUGUAUAAAUUAUUUAAAAUUGUAGCUCUUAUAUGUUUGUAUCUUGAGUAUUCACAACACAUCAUAUACUAUAUAGUCUUUUAAGUGAUUUCUAUAAGAUGCAAGUUUUAGGAAUUAAUCUGAUUAUCUGUU